GCAAUGCAGUCAAACUCUAAUCAGGAUAUGAUCAGCAUGUAUCUUCGUUCAUCACACCACAGCCAAGGUGGUUCUCACAACGAAAACACUCCAGAUUCUCCUCAAGCUACAGUUUCCCAACCCUCCCCACAUUCCAACUCACAAUCCUCUCCAGCUCCUGUGACCCCCUCUGAAGAGUUUGACUCUCCCCUUCCUUGCUUUUCUAGAUUACCAAGCCCAGCUCCCAUUGAGGUUUAUCCUUUCAAAUGUUAUGUUAGUUACGAAUUCUACUUGGAGAAGCGCGACCGGGGUCAGAAGUUAAAGUGGAAAUUAGCCAAGUCUCCCGCCUCCAACAAGUUGUGUAUCGAAAUCAAUCCUAAUCACAUAGGCCUCGAUGAAUUCAAGAAAGCCGUUGGAUCAGCCUGUAGUAUUGCUCUUGCUGGAGUUGACAUAACGAUCGCAAAGGCCGGAAAGAAAGGGGUCCCGAAAAUCCGUUGGGACGCUUUCAUCCCAAACGACCGAAGUUGUCCAAAAUCCCGUGCCAUUCAUCUUGAGAAUCCGACUGAUUAUUGCCGCUGGGUUGAGACGAUAUCGAAAAAGAAGAAAACUACACGAGAGGGGGCAAUUCACCUUGUUCAAGAUAAUCCAAAGAAAAAAGAGGCAAAUGCCAUUGAUCAGAAUCUUGUUGACAAGCUGAACCACCGACUCCAAGCUGCUUCUCAGAACGAAGGCACCAGUACCGAAGCUAGGACUGACAGCAACAACGAUCCAAAUCCCGACGAGUCUGACAAUGAGGGGUCCGUCAUAGAGGAUCAAGAGCUGUACAUGUCUAAGAUUUAUGCCAAGUAUGGCUUAAAUCACAAAUUUGAUCGAAUCCACCCAACCUUCCCCCAUCCAACCAAUCACUCCAAGUACAUUUUGUUGUCAGCCGGUAAUGUGCGUAUAUGGGCAGAUGCCUUGGUUGGAAAAAAGCGGGGUGUGUCGCUUGAAUCCCCUCCAUCUGAUCUCAAUUAUCUUGUGGCUAAAAAGAGGGAAGCAGCGCCUGAGGCUGGCGUACCAUCUGGAACAGCCGAAAUGAUGACAACUGCAGUGGGGAUCUUGCUUGAUAGGGCAGUUGGUGAAAGGAACCAAAAUCGCGCGGAGGAUGGACAACUAGGAAUACCUUUAGCCGAAAAUAUAGAACAAUACCUUUUGUUCAUUGGAUGUAACCACCCUGAGGUUGACGUGGUUGCCGAUCUCUUGAGGACCAACGGAUUUGUCUCCUACUUAACCUUUGGCUCUCCAAACUUGGACAAUGCUCCUUUGAUUCAAAUGGGACUCUCUUUAGGUCUUGUUCUUCGACUUCGGGAUAAUGUACAUAACUUUUCCUUACAUCUCAGAGCCCAAGAGGAAUAGCCUCUUUUUCAUUUUAUCAGCUCCUUCAAACACUUCAAUCAAUUACGAACAGACUGUAUCAGCUCCUCCAUCGGCAGCAGUACUAGAUUCUCAGCUCCAACCAAUCUCAAUCAAUCUCAGUCAACGAUUCUAUCUCCAUUUAUCUCAAUUUAUUUAUACGCUUUAGCUGCUCCUCAGCACCACUAGAUGCUCAACUUCAACCAAUCUCAAUCAUAUCGUAUCAA